UGACAUCAUAGGUCCUUCUGAUGGAAUGGAAGUAGCUGCUACACUAUCCGUAUUUAACAUGGCUGAUUCACGUAGGCUCCUGUUACUAUGAAGAUCACGUACAAUAAACAUCACUGCGUUUGUCAGUAAAGAAGAAACAUUAUUAGAAUAUCUGAAAAAUUCAGUUGCUGAACAAGACAAUGUCUGACAAGACCGAGAACCACACCUCAGAGCUUCCUGAUGCACACGGAGGGCGUCUAGAGGAAAACCCGGGCACUGGGCUAUUACAUGUGAAGGAAGAGGAUGAGACAAAUGACAUGAAUUGUCAUCAGACUGAAAUACAUUGGUCCCUCCCUGCCGAUGAGGAUAAUGCUGAUAUAGUGAAAGUUGAGAUAACAGAAGAUCUGUGUGUGACGCGUCAGCUGGGAGACCCUGAUGAGAACACAAGUGACAGUAUCAGCCCAGAUGAGGAUAAUGCUGAUAUAGUGAAAGUUGAGAUAACAGAAGAUCUGUGUGUGACGUGUCAGCUGGGAGACCCUGAUGAGAACACAAGUGACAGUAUCAGCCCAGAUGAAGAUAACACUGAUAUAGUGAAAGAAGAGAUAACAGAAGAUCUGUGUGUGAGGUAUCAGAUGGGAACUCUGGAUUUGAAAAACAGUGGCAGUAUCAGCCCAGGUGAAUUUACAAACUGCAAUAAUCCAAGUCAUGGUCAGAGUGCUAAUAUUUUAAGUCUUCAAAAUCAAAGAAGUCACUUGGGAAAUAUAUGUUCUGACUGUGGGAAAUGUUUUACCAGGAAAUCAGUACUUAUUAGGCAUCAGAAAAUUCAUAUAGGAGAGAAAUCAUUUUCAUGUUCUGACUGUGGAAAAUGUUUUAAUGAGAAAUUAAAUCUUAUUAAGCAUCGGAAAAUUCAUACUGGAGAGAAAGCAUUUUCAUGUUCUGAAUGUUUGAAAUGUUUUACUCUGAAAUCAAAUCUUAGUAAGCAUAAGAAAAUACAUACAGGAGAGAAAGCAUUUUCCUGCUCUGACUGUGGGAAAUGUUUUACUCAGCAAUCAAGUCUUAUUAUUCAUCAAAACAUUCAUACAAGAGAGAAAGCAUUUUCAUGUUCUGACUGUGGGAAAUGUUUUACUCAGAAAUCCUCUCUUAUAAUGCAUCAGAAAAUUCAUACAGGAGAGAAAGCAUUUUCAUGUUCUGAAUGUGGGAAAUGUUUUACCAGGAAAUCACAUCUUUUUGAACAUUCGAAAAUUCAUACAGGAGAGAAAGCAUUUUCAUGUUCUGACUGUGGGAAAUGUUUUACCAGGAAAUCACAUCUUUUUGACCAUCAGAAAAUUCAUACAGGAGAGAAAGCAUUUUCAUGUUCUGACUGUGGGAAAUAUUUUACGCUGAAAUCAAAUCUUAAUAGGCAUCUGAAAAUUCAUAUUGGAGAGAAAGCAUUUCAUGUUCUGAAUGUGGGAAAUGUUUUACCCUGAAAGGACAUCUUGUUACUCAUCAGAAAAAUCAUAUUAAAGAAAAUUGGUAAAGUCACAGCUUAAAGGAGCAGUUCACCCAAAAAUUGUAUCACAUUUAAAUUGUUCCCAAUGGUCCAGUUUACCUGCUGGAGUGUAUUAAAUUGUUUACAAGUAGCUCCUUUACCCCUAUUUUGGCCUUUGAAAUAGCUGAUUUAGCUUGUGGUUUCCCAACCUAUACUGAAAGUUUUUUUUUUUGUAAAAUAUUUUUAUUGCGGUAUAAAUGCAUUACAACAAAUAAAUGACAUAAAAGUAAAAGAGUUACAAUAACCGCUAUAUCUUCAUAUAGGGUUCAGUUUGUUGCAUAUCAAAAAUAUUAAACACAAAUUGAAAAUAAA